AUGGUUUCUCCAACUAUAUCUCAGCCUUUUGCAAUUACCACAGUCCCAAGACAAUCAAAGCCUGUGCCAAUUCUAGUGUCAAAAAAUAACCUGGAUGCAAACUCCAACGAACUGAAUGUUGCCUUUUCGAAGUAUUCCAUCUCAAAGUUUAUUAUCAACCCAACACCUAAGUUAAUUAAUGCUGUCCCUAUCCCUUCUAAUUUGAUUAUUACUGCUUUUGAUGGUAAACAAGUUUAUGCUACUGUAUCUGGAAGCAAUAAAAAUGCUAAAAAUUUUACAUUAUACUUAAACCAAAAUACAAAAUUUAAUCUGCCUAGUAAAGUUGUAAAUGUGUUGACCGAUAAAGAUAAUAUUACUAUAGCGGUCUUAGAAAAUGGUACAAUUCAAAGUUAUCAUAAUAAUAUGUUGGUUUCAACUAAAUCAAUUCCAAUGAAACAGAUCUCACAAGUGGAAUUUAUUGAUAAUAAGUUUGCAUUAAUUAUAGGAGAAUCCUCUAUAGCAUUAUACGACAUUGAAAACUGGAUUGAAUUACGUGUUUCUACAACUUUGUACGAAUCGGAAUGUCAAAUCUCACAAUUUGAAAACAAAAUUUAUAAAUUCUCAAAGACAAAUAACAAAUUCCAUGUCUACGAUUUAACUACUUUAAAUGAAGUCCAAUCAAUUAAUAUACCUUUUGUGAAGCCAAAUUCGUCAUAUGUUUCAUUUCAACCAAUUGCUGAGAAUCAAGUCUGUUUGGCUAUAGAUAAUGAAAUUUAUUAUUUAGAUUUAUACUUGGGUAGUGUUUUAUCAUAUCAAAUUAUAAAAAGAUUGCAGUGGUUUCAAAUUUUGAAUGGUUCACUGGAUGGAUCAUUCAUUAUUGGUCUUUCAUAUAACUAUAAUUCGAUAUCAUUAGAUAUCAUAAAUAUAGAAAAGGGUAGUGGUAGUUUGAAGGAAUCUUUAGGUAAGGGCUUCCAAAAUUUCAUGCCAAGCCAAGAUAUUACUAAGACACUAAAUAAUGAUUUUGUUACUCUAAAGACUUUAUCCUUAUCUGACAAUAAGGAAACUGUUACUUAUAAUUAUAAUUAUGAUAAUAUUUUGAAAAAUUUAACAGAUAGUGUUAAAGAUAUCAAUAAAUUUGAUGAAGUUUUUUUCAAUAGAUUGAAUAUUAAGAAGGAUUUCUACACGGAAGCGGAUAGAUAUAUUAUCAAUCAAUCUUUCUUAUCGGAGGUUAUAGAGUUAGUUUUGAAAAAUUGCUCAUUUGAUAAUGAUGAUUCAUAUCCAAAGACUUUAACGUAUCUUUUAACUCAUCCAUUGUUCCCGAUCAUAAAUACGAAAAAUUUAUUGUCAAGGUUUAAAAAUUGCCCAAGACUAUAUAAGCAAGCGGUUGUAACAUGUCCAAAUUUACCAUUAGAUGAAUUAUUAAUGGAACUAUUUUCAAUCAAAAAUAAUGAAUUGGCAUUAGAUAUAUCUUUGAGAAUAUUACAAGAUUAUAAUAGGGACUUGAUUAAAAAAGAAUUAAAAGUUUUACCAAAGAUUGAUAUUCAUAACUUUAUAAAAUUCAUCAUAUCCAAUAAAGAUUCGGAAAACGUCAAUAACAGUGAUAAUGACAAUAAUAAUAGUAGUGACAAUGGAAGCGAUAUAAUGAUUCCAUCCCUAUUGUUUCAGCUAGUAUCACUUGUCAUUGAUUCUAUCGGGUUAUUUGCACUUGAUGAAGAUUUAUUAAACAAGCUUUCUGAUUAUGUUAAUAAUAUGAUUAGUAUCAUUGAACAAAAUACAGAACUUUGGUAUCUUUUAGAUUCUAAAAUGGAACCAAUUACCAAAAAUAAGAAUGGCAAUCAUUUCAAUAAUUCUGCUGUUCAUAUUAAACAAAAGAAUGCUAAAAAAGUCAUACCACCAUAUACGGUGGAAUAUAUAGAUAUAUAG